AUGAGCGACGCACUGGCUCCGCAGGCGGCAGUGCCCGACGUGGACGCGACGGAUGCGUCGGGAAACCCCCAGCUGAUUGCCGCGGAUGGCACCCAGCUCUUCCCCUUCUCGGUAGACCCCGAAAAAUGCACGGUGAACGCGCCUGGCCAGGACGUGCAGCUGCUGAAUAUGCUCGCGCGUUGGACGUCGAUGCUGCCGCCCCAAGCGCCGUUCCCCCCGCCCCCGAACAUUGUCCAGACGAAGAUCUCGGAGAACGUUGUGCAGGCAAAGGAUAUGGGCAACGGCCGUUUCCGCCAGCAAGACUGGCAGGGAGCGAUCAAGCACUAUACGAUGGCGAUCGCCAUGGCCUCCAGCCGUCCGCUGUGGGAGGCCAACGAGCUGGUGCGUGACGAGCUCUCGAUGCUCCUCGCGAACCGCAGCGCGGCGUUUGCGAGCGCGGGCGCGUACAUCGAGGCGCUCUGCGACGCGGACGCCGUCAUCAAGAUCAAGAAGCCCUGGGGCAAGGGGCACUUUCGCAAGGGCAAGGCGCUCGUCGGCCUGCAGCGGUACGAGGAGGCGCGCGCCGCCUUUACGCUCGGACAGCAGUUUGAGCCGGACAAUGAAGAGUUCGCCAAGGCGAUUGCGGCACUCCCCAGUUCAUAA